AUGUCAGGUCUGCUCAACUCGCGCUGGGCACCCGGGAGUGGGGGAAAUAAACGAUACCCAGCAAGUUCAAAUCCUCCCCGGUACUGGUCCAACAACUCCAAUACCGGCGGGAACAGCAGCAUCCGCCCGGCAACUAUCACACCCCAAGAUGGCCGUUUGCUACCGCCAGCCGAGGAAUUGGCUCGAUUCAUGAAAAUUGUCGCCAGGCUGCGAUGGAAACUCCCAUUUUUAGCUGAAGGAUAUCGUCUCGCGACUCUGGAAAUCGGGGAUGUCGUAUCGGCAGAAGAGGUCGCCCACGCCGAAAUAAUGUUCAAAAUCGAUUUCCACGAAUAUUAUGCUCUGCUUGAACGUGCCAUUGUCCAUUUAUUGGCAGUAUUCAAUAUCUCGGUCACGUCAUCACCUCGGGGACCACCAGAUAAUGGAAACGGCAUCGGUCGGCCUGUUGGUAUUCAUCGAUACCAUGCCAAUGUGCUAGAGGCGCUGCGGGAACAAUCAACCCCACUAUCCCCGGUUCUUGGCGGUGGCCAUGUCUAUUUGCAAUUACAAAAGGCCAAGGAACUGCGCAAUAGGUGGAAAACUGCCGAUCUUACCUCGGAAGAAAGAGAAAAACAAGGAGAAAGAAAGGACGUUGCGACGCUUGCAAGCUUCGACUUCGAGGGCAUCAUAUCUGAUAUCUUCGGUGGUUUAGAAGAAUCAUAUAUUCGAGCAAAGGAGCAUGUCGACAAGUGCAUCCGCCCAGAUGAGGUCCCUGGAAAUGGCGGAAGCUCUGAGGCAGACUGGGGGUUUAUGGUCGAUGCCAUGGACUGGGAAGCUGUAUGA